AUGCCAACAAAACCAUUAAUUUUCAGUCUCCUUGCCUUGUUCUCCCUCCUUGCUGUAGCUUCUGCUCAGUAUUAUUAUUAUCCAACGAGCUAUUAUACUCCAUAUUAUUACUAUUAUCCAACUGUUGGAACUACUCAAAAUGAUGCAUCAUACCAACAAACUUAUGCUCAACAACAACAACCACAGCAGUACCAACAGACCCAAUAUGCUCAAGGAAAUCAACAGUAUUCAUCAGUACAGAGAGAUCAAUCUGGAAAUGUUCAGACAACUGGAACUGUGGCUGCUCAACCAAUGUACUACUACACUUAUCCAUAUUACUAUUACACGUAUGGAAGAAAGUAG